AUGAACAGCAAGCCCACCCCGACAAGCCAAUCCACCAACACUGCAACUACCCCAGUCCCAGCUGACAAGUCAAACAACAACAAGGACGCAACCCCAAAAGCCGACACCGACCCAACACCAAAUAAGGGAUUUCCUCGAUGGUCCAUUGAAGAGGACAAGAAGCUUUGUAUCGCUUGGUUGAACACUAGCCGGGACGCAAUCGUUGGGAAAGGCCAGAAGGCCACGACAUUUUGGGAACAAAUUCAUGCAACCCUGACCGAACUCAUCACCGAAUACAACGAGGAGAAGAAUCAUUCCAGGAAUGUCAAACCUCUCCCUUUACGACCUGUCGGCGCAGUUGAAUGUCGUUGGGGACUCAUCCUCAAGAGCGUCAACAAGUUUGCUGGCUUCUACUCAAACUUUGAACGACGAUUGAAGAGUGGGAAAACUCGUGACGAUAUUCUUAGCGAGGCUAAAGAGCUGUACAAAACCACUUUGGGGUCGCCUUUCAAUCUUGACCAUUGCUGGGGGAUAUUGAAAGACACCCCAAAGUGGCAGGCUACCCAACGAGAGAACGAGGCCAGAACAAAGAAGACCACCAAGUCGGAAACAGCCGCCCCCUCAACCGAUGCUUCUAGCUCUGUGGUUGCGGUCUCAAGCCCUCGGGUAGUUGAUAUCGAGGAUAACGACUCGGAGCCUAGUCGAUCGGUGCUUGGUAAUGGGCGUGUUGAAGGUCAAAAGGCGGCCAAACAAAAACGAGCCGAUGAGGCUUUGAUCGAGAAGAUUGUCGCAAUGCAAAAGGAUUUGGUCAAUAUUUCACGCGAACGUUUAUCCGCGAUGAACUCGGCUAAGGACGAUGCAAUAAUGUCAAAAGAUCUUUCGUUAAUGGACGACGAGAGUCGCGCUUAUUAUCAAAGGAAACACCGAUUGAUUAUGGCUCGUGAGUUGGAACAAGAAGAGAAGGAGAAAAAAGAAAAGGAGAAAAAAGAAAAAGAGAAAAAAGAAAAAGAGAAAAAAGAAAAAGAGAAGAAGGAACUUGAAGAAAAGGAGCGACGCGAGAAGGAAGCAUUGGAGGCCGAUGACGAGGAGGAGGAGGCCGAAGAUGAGGAGGAGGAAGCCGAAAAAGAGGACGACGAGGCCGACGGGGAGGAGGAGGACAUGGAGGACAAUGAGGAGGAGGAAGCUUACGAUGAAGAAUAG